AUCGAUCAGCAAGCCGCGGAGUCGCUUGGGAAGAAUGAAAAGCAAUUAUCCGAUGAGAACAUUGGACACUCCAACGAAACCCAAUGGGGGUGUAUCUUUAAAGGAUCAGUUAAAAAGGAAACCACAAGAUAAUAAUGAUUAUCAAGGCAAAUUGUUCAGUCCCAUUUCUAAUAUGCCUAGUAAUAAUAAUGAUAGUAAGAGUUACAAUUCAGUUAAUAUUACGAGUCGGGAAAAAGAAAUUUCAAGAACAAGAGCUUCAUCGAAACCUAAUACCAAGCUUACGGAUAGUGAUUGGACUGAACUUCUUAGUACACCUAGUCAGGGGACGAGUUCUAGUACUAAUGGGGUAUUUGGAAUUCGGAGCUCGAAGAAAGAUGGCGGGACCAAAGGACAUUUAGGGUCUCAUUUGUCACUGCUGGAAGAGAAGAGGAAACAAAAGAGGAAUGUUAAUGGCAGUAAGCCUGUAAGGAGAUCAGAUAUAGUUUUGGGAAAUAAGUUGAAUGGUAAGCGGAGCAAUGGUGAAGAAUCAAGUGCUUCAGUAAGGCCAUCUAGUGUUGAUAAACAGAAUGAUGGUAAGAAUUCGGAGGAGUUGGAGUUGGAUCACAAGGACACUCCUGCAAGCUUUAUGGUGAAAAUGAAAGAUUCAAGGUAUGAAGAAAAUGGUAGGAAAUUGGAUUCUAAAAAGCUUCUGACCAAUGUGGAAGGGUUUUCACUGUCUGCGAACAAGAACCAGUCAACCCGAAAGGUGUUGGAUUUGGGAGAAGUUGAUGGGGUACCUGAUGCGCUGAUAGGAAUUGCUGAUGCUCAUGGUCAGUUCAGAACAACUGUAAGUGGGAAAUCCAAGUCCAUUGGCUCAUCCAGAAGUUCAGUCUUUGAUGGUGUAAAAGGGGCCUUUCAGCCAACGAGUGAUGCAAGCUCUGAUUUGGAUCCAGAUUCUGGCUCAACAUCUGACUCUGAAAGUGAACAUGAGAGGGAGGAAAGGAGGAAGAGGAAGGAGAGGAUUAUGGCUGAGCGAGCAGCAGUUAAAGCUGUGGAGGCUAUCAAAUAACUAGAAAAUAUGGUUGCCAGAUUGGAAGGAGAGAAACAGAGCUUGGAGAAAAUACUUGAGGAAGGAGCCAAGCAACAUGCACAAGAGGCUUCAGAGCUGCAGACUACUACAAUGGAAAUGAUGGAUGCUGUUGAGCUAGAAAAGCAGAAACAUAAUAAUACUAGAAUGGAAGCUCUUCAGCGAUUAGCUAAGCUAGAGACCACUAAUGCUGAUCUUGCAAGAUCACUUGCUACUGCACAGAAGAGACUUGAAGUAGAGAUUAAUCGGGUAGCAGAUCUCCGACGACAAAUUGAGCUGGAAGAAGCAGCUCAUGAAGCUAACAAAGAACCCGAGACAUCGGCACCGAAAAGAAAGGAAAAAAUUAUCGAAGAGUAAUCGCGAAAUUCAGUUGUUUUUGUGCACAGGUUAGUAGGAAUUAAUGUUUCAGCUCAGCAUCCAGAAGAUCCCGAUUCCAGUGCAAAAUUUGGUGAUAUAAUCUUUUUUUUUUGUAAAGUGGCAUGUGCUUAGGUGCGAUAUUGGUUACUUGAAAAUGUAUUAUGCUUUUGGUUGAAAAUGAUACUAAAAUAAUAUUCUAAUACUUAGUGUAAUGAAAUGGAAAUAGAAUUAUCAUAACAUAUUUGGUAUAUUUGAUAACGAGUUGAAAUAGAAAGAAUGAAGUUUAUUAAUUUAA